AUGAUGAACACCCAUGAUGAGGUGAUUUAUGUCAAAAAUGAAAAUAAUAAAUACACUUGUAUCUUUGACGCGUUUCUUGGUCCUUCAACUUCCUUCCGUCAAUCUAGAUCUACAAUCAGGACUGAUAUUUCGAUUGCAAUGUCGGUGGAAUCUGUAAAAACCAUCGACGUUAAUGGUGAUUCUGUUUCGAGCAAUGGCUAUUCCAAGAAACCGUGCAGGAUCUACGUCGGUUACGAUCCAAAAGAAGAUGUGGCGUACGAGGUUUGUCGGUACUCGAUCCUCAAGCGAUCUUCGAUCCCCGUUGAGAUCAUCCCCAUCAAGCAAUCUGAAUUGCGAGAGAAAAAAUACUUUUGGCGUGAACGUGGGAAGCUCGAAAGCACCGAGUUCUCAUUUACGCGAUUCCUGACUCCAUUUUUGGCUGGAUAUGAAGGUUGGGCCAUGUUCGUGGACUGUGAUUUCCUCUACCUUGGCGACAUCAAGGACUUGUUUGAUCUGGUAGAUGAAAAGUACGCUGUGAUGUGCGUCCAACACGAUUACACCCCAAAAGAAACCACGAAAAUGGAUGGUGCAGUGCAGACUCUUUACCCACGAAAGAAUUGGUCUUCAAUGGUGUUGUAUAAUUGUGGUCACCCAAAAAACAAGGUUUUGACGCCGGAGAUCGUCAACAAAGAAUCAGGUGCGUUUCUACAUAGGUUUCAAUGGUUGGAGGAUGACGAAAUCGGUUCUGUUCCUUUUGUUUGGAAUUUUCUUGUGGGUCAUAAUCGGGUAGAGAAGGAUGACCCGAAUACAUACCCAAAAGCAAUACAUUACACUCUAGGAGGGCCAUGGUUUGAGGCCUGGAAAGAUUGCGAGUUUGGGGAUUUGUGGUUGAGUGAACUGGAGGAGUGUGAGAAGGUCAAAUCUGAGAAUGUGGAGUAAGGUUUGAUGUUUAUUAUUUAUUUAUUUAUGUGUUUAUGUUGCUCAUCAAGUGUUCGAUGAAAUGCUAGCAUCUUUUAUUUGAAAUUCUCCUAUUCAUUAUGUAUGAUUUCGUUGUAA